AGAAGACCCGGAAGGAGUUGUGGGCAGUGCGGAAGAGCUCUGUCCGGGUGGUCUCCGCCACGCACGGGCCCGGACUGAUACGGCCGAGGACGGAAUCGUGAUUGUCCAGUUUCCUAGUACUGGGACUUCAUAACACAAUGACUCAAGCAGAAAUUAAACUAUGUUCCUUGCUGCUCCAAGAGCAUUUUGGAGAGAUAGUGGAUAAAAUUGGAACUCAUCUUAUCAGAACAGGCAGCCAACCAUUGAGAGCAGUUGUCCAUGACACAGGGACAUCACUAGAUCAGGUGAAAAAAGCCCUGUGUGUCCUUAUCCAACAUAACCUGGUAACGUACCAGAUGCACAAACGGGGGAUUGUGGAAUAUGAAGCCCACUGCAGCCGGAUUCUGCGCAUCCUACGGUAUCCCCGCUACAUCUAUACAGCCAAGACUUUGUACAGUGACACGGGAGAACUGAUCGUUGAGGAACUCCUGCUCAAUGGGAAGAUGACCAUGUCGGCCGUGGUGAAGAAGGUGGCCGACCGACUCACCGAGACCAUGGAGGAUGGGAAAACCAUGGAUUACUCCGAGGUGUCCAGCACAUUUUGCCGUUUAGCAGACACACACUUUGUACAGCGAUGCCCCCUUGUUCCUGAUCCCCCAGAAAGUGCCGACGCUCAGCCACCGCCGCCUGCCCCGACACUUAGCAUUAACGAAAAGGACAUGUACCUGGUUCCCAAACUGAACCUUAUAGGAAAAGGAAAGAGGAGGCGAUCAUCUGAUGAUGAUGCAGCCGGGGAGCCUAGGCCUAAGCGGGCCAAACAAACAGCAGAGAGCAAAGAGCCCAUUCCAGAUGAUGGCAUUUACUGGCAGGCCAACCUGGACAGGUUCCACCAGCACUUCCGUGACCAGUCGAUUGUGAGCGCAGUAGCCAACAGAAUGGAUCAGACCAGCAGUGAGAUUGUUCGGACCAUGCUCCGGAUGAGUGAAAUCACCACUUCCUCCUGUGCUCCCUUCACGCAGCCCCUGUCUUCGAAUGAGAUCUUCAGAUCUCUCCCUGUUGGAUAUAACAUUUCAAAGCAAGUCCUUGAUCAGUAUCUGACUCUUCUGGCAGAUGACCCACUAGAGUUUGUUGGAAAAUCAGGAGACAGCGGUGGAGGGAUGUAUGUCAUCAACCUCCACAAGGCAUUGGCAUCACUGGCCAUGGCAACGCUGGAGUCCAUUGUGCAGGAAAGGUUUGGGUCUCGCUGUGCCAGGAUAUUCCGGCUGGUUUUGCGGAAGAAGCACCUGGAGCAGAAGCAGGUGGAAGACUUUGCCAUGAUUCCUGCCAAAGAAGCAAAGGACAUGCUGUAUAAGCUGCUGUCAGAAAACCUUAUCUCCUUACAGGAGAUCCCUAAAACACCCGACCACGCGCCCUCUCGGACCUUCUACCUGUAUACAGUGAAUUCCCUGUCUGCUGCCCGCAUGCUGCUGCGCCGCUGCUACAAGAGCAUCGCCAACUUGAUAGAAAGGCGGCAGUUUGAGACCAAAGAGAACAAACGAUUGCUGGAGAAGUCCCAGCGAGUGGAAGCCAUCCUUGCAUCCAUGCAGGCCACAGGGGCCGAAGAGGCCCAGCUACAGGAGAUUGAGGAGAUGAUCACAGCUCCUGAGCGCCAGCAGCUGGAGAGUCUGAAGCGCAAUGUCAACAAGUUAGAUGCCAGUGAGAUCCAAGUGGAUGAAACCAUCUUUGUGCUGGAGUCAUACACAGAGAGUACCAUGAAAAGAGCCUGACUCAAAGGGAAAUCCUUCCUUGGAGGAGAGCAUGGGGAGGAAUACAUUUUUAGUAUUAGCUCUGCUUUUCCUGUAGGAUGCAGAUUUGAUGCAUUACAUCAGAUUGGUUACUCACCUGCUCCCCAGCCUCCCCCGACCCGGUAGACUCCCUCUGUCAGAGACUGAUAACCUUCAGUGUGUGCACCCACAGAUUGUGCAAAGGCAGGUGUCCAGUGGCACCCGUGCACACACGUAUGCACACACCAGUGCACGUGCCCCAGCCUCCCAGGAAUGGAUACCAGAAGGAAAAAUGGCACCAACUCUUGACAAGGCUGCCAGUCUUGUCUCAGGCCAAUGACAGCUUGCUCUUCACACCUCUUUGUGUAUGGAGAUGCCAUCAUGAGAUACAACAGAGUGAAUCCUGCUCCGUGCUUCUUUCAUUCUGCCUUUGACUAACAGUGAGUGGUGUAUUGGGAGGUAGCUAGAUGGCAUAAUGGACUUGGACUUGGAAUCAGCAAAACCUGAUUUCAGAUCCUGCCUCAGACUCUAGCUGUGUGCCCCUAGGUAAAUUCCUUAAUCUCUGUAAGCCCUCACUUCCCCAUCUGUAAAAUGAGGAUACCAGUAGGGUCUACCUGACAGAGUUGUAAAAAUCAAAUGAGAUUAAUAGAAAGUGCAAACCUGAAAGUGCUAUGUAAAUGUUAGCUACUAUGAUGUCUCCCAGGGUUGUAUCUGGAUCCUAAAGGUGAAGAACCAAAGGCCGGAAAAGGAAAAGUGAAAAUGAUGCAGCAGAGGGGAUGGGGGAAGAUAGCCUUUUCAGAGAAAAUAAUACUUCCCAGGCUUCCAGUACCCCCUAAAAUCCCACCUUCCUGCAGGAAGUCUAAGCUAAUCUCCUCAAUCCUAGAGCCUUCCCUCUGUUGAUUAUUUCCAGUUUAUCCCAGCCAUGAUUUGUUUAUUAAUACUUUGCAUGUUGUCUCACCAUUAGACUGUGAGCCUGGACCCCCUUCCCCUAAAGAUAAGUCUUUUAUUUAUCUUUGUGUCUCAAGGACUUAGCUCAGGGCCUGGCACUUAGUAGGUGCUUAAUAAAUAUUUAUUGACUGAGGGUUUUCCAAAUGCAAUUAGGUGUAGAAAGGUUUGGAAGAGAAAGACAGUCUGACAUCAAAGGAAUAGUAUUAGACUAGGAAUCCAAAGUAUGCUGCUGCCCCUGUGUGCCCUUCAACAAAAGUGGAGCCCAAGGGCCUCAUUUUCCUUAUUCACGAAACAGUAAGAGUGUCACCGGCUCUGCCUACCUCAGUGAGUAUAUGAGGAGCGAAUGGAAUAUGCUCCAUGUGAAGAUAUUAGAAAAGCAGGUGGUUCAGUGCUGCUGUAGGGAGGGCAUCAGAAGUAGUAGCAUGGUAUAAUGAAUGGAAAGUCCAGGAGCCCAGAAACCUGGCUCUCCUGUUGGCUGACAUUCUGAGAUAUAUAUAUAGAUAUAGAUAGAUAUAUCUAUAUAUAGAUAUAUAUAUGGCUCCAAUUGCCUACUGGCCUUUCCAGUUACCUGAGUGGAUUUCUCUCCCCUAAUUGGUUUUUCAUCUGUUAAAUGGGUCUAAUAAAGCACCUACCUCACCA